AUGGCCGAAACGAUCCUCCCCCUCGAACUGAUCGACAAGUGUAUCGGCUCCCCUAUUUGGGUGCUUAUGAAGAAUGAACGAGAGUUUUCGGGGACGUUGAUGGGGUUUGAUGAUUUUGUUAAUAUGGUGCUCAAAGAUGUCAAGGAAUAG